CUGCGCCGCUGCCUUCACCAUGACAUAUAACACACCCACCACAGCUCUCGCACUCUACACAACUAUUUCCUCAAGUCUACGCCUAGGUGUAGCUUCUAGACCGACCAACAAAUCUUGUUGCACUUGUCAGAAAUAGCAUUCUUUCGUCGUAGUGGUUGUGAUCGCUGUGCGGAAUCGUGGCUUGAGUAUCUAGAAAUGUACACUUUGCCCGACGGAAGGAGCCUGGUGCAUCACUUUCUCUUCGUCUUCUGCGCACGUUGAUUGGUUUUAUAUUGUGCUUCCAAGUCUGGGCUAUUGGAGGAUCCUCAAGAACAACGUUUCUAUGUGAACGACUGAUACUCUGACAGAAAUUGGAAAACACCUUUUACGACACAUCUGUUAUGCCAUGGAGCACAAGUUGCUGGCUUCAAAUGUCUUCUUAGUGCUCAGAUGAUGUGGACAGGAGGUUUGUGCGCUGCAGAUCCGAGGAUGGACCGCUCCGUUGAGGAUCUGGCGAACACGCAUCAUUGUGGAUAAAUCCACAUUGUCUCUCCAAAGCGCGUGCAGAAAGAACGUCGCCACUUUUGAGGCAUGAACGUCGCGAAAGUAUCACCUCUCUGAAUUUGUGGUUCUUUCUCAGGGCGAGGAGAUAUUUUUGAAUGCUGCAUGCACAGGUUCGCCACUGGCCCGUGCCUGGUCAACCUAGUAGGCUACACCUGGCGACAUGAUCCGAUUUUAUUGUUUUAAACCGCCAAGAGAAGAUAAGUGAAUCGGCAUUAGAAACGGACAAUUGUAUUUUAAAAAGCAAGCCGUGCUCUUAUAUCUUACAAAGCUGGCAAAUGAACAUGAUAACGUUAAUAUAUACCUUUUGAAAUUAGCGGUCAGCGUGGUGUACACCUUUUGCGAUGUAGUGUGUCUCUUCGUUUUUGCUCUUAUUAUUCUAAUCGAACAGGACACUAUGAAGAUGAUACUCUUUCGUAAAUUUCGAGUUUUGAUCCUCAUGGUGUUCCUCAUAGCAUGCUCGAUGCAUAUUAUGAUAGACUUAUUACCCAAACUGGAGCGACGGAGCAACGCCGCCUGUUCCUGCCCUCACCGACCGAGCGAGGAGCCUCAGAACUGGGGCAAACAUCGACCCAGGUCGGGACCAGAUUCGGGCUGGCCUAAUAAGCAUACUUUGCGAAUACUUCAAGACUUCAGUAACGAGCCUAGCUCCAAUCUGUCCUCACAUUCACUGGAAAAAAUAACAGCCGCGGGCGAUAAAACAGAGGCUCUCAAAAGACUUGAACAUUUCGCACAAAACAGUGAAGGCAAGAAACAAUUUAUCGGGGACGCAAACAGAAGCAAGAAUGUACCUGUCAAAGGUUCUCGACUUUCUGCGUUGUAUGAACACCAUCUCUACAAAAGACCUUUGCCGACACUGACAGACGAAGACACGUUAUUCAACGUCAACACGGACAUAAGAUUUGACCCGAAAGCUUCUGAAAACCAAGAAUGGCAUACUCAAGGCAAGGAGGGUGAAUACACUCAAAAUGGAGAGCUGUCAGCAGAUGCCUAUCCAAACUGGCUGCGCUUCCACAUUGGAAUAAACCGAUAUGAGCUCUACUCCCGCCACAACCCGGUCAUCGAUGCCAUGCUCAAAGACCUUGUGUCUCAAAGAAUCACCAGUGUGGCCAUGAAGUCCGGAGGCACGCAGCUGAAGCUCAUCAUGACAUUCCAGAACUACGGCCAGGCACUGUUCAAGCCUAUGAAGCAAACGCGUGAGCAGGAAACCCCUCCAGACUUCUUCUACUUCUCCGACUUUGAGAGGCACAACGCCGAGAUCGCCGCCUACCAUCUGGACAGAAUCUUAGAUUUCCGGAGAGUUCCUCCGGUGGCCGGCAGGUUGGUCAACAUGACGAAGGAGAUCAGGGACGUGACCCGAGACAAGAAGCUCUGGAGGACCUUCUUCAUAUCCCCAGCCAAUAACGUGUGUUUCUACGGCGAGUGCUCGUACUACUGCUCCACGGAGCACGCUCUGUGCGGGAAGCCGGACCAGAUCGAGGGCUCGCUGGCUGCCUUCCUGCCGGACCUGGCCCUGGCCAAGCGCAAGACCUGGAGGAACCCAUGGAGACGCUCCUACCACAAGCGCAAGAAAGCAGAGUGGGAAGUUGACCCUGACUACUGUGAGGAGGUCAAGCAGACUCCCCCGUACGACAGCGGAACUCGCCUACUGGACAUCAUAGAUAUGACCAUCUUUGACUUCCUCAUGGGGAAUAUGGACCGACACCACUAUGAGACCUUUGAGAAGUUUGGGAAUGAGACCUUCAUCAUCCACCUGGAUAAUGGACGAGGGUUUGGGAAACAUUCGCAUGACGAGGUCUCAAUCCUGGUGCCUUUGAGCCAGUGUUGCAGGGUGAAGAAGUCCACCCACCUGCGCCUCCAGCUGCUGGCCAAGGAGGAGUACAAGCUGAGCACGCUGAUGGAGGAGUCCCUGCUGCAGGACCGCCUGGCGCCCAUCCUCAUCCGGCCGCACCUAGACGCCAUGGACCGCCGCCUGCGCCUGGUCCUCCAGGUGCUCUCCGACUGCAUCGAGAAGGAGGGCUACGCCAACGUAGUGGAGGAUGACCUGAGCGAGCCUCAGCAGACCGCAGCAGCCGCCGCUGCUCCCCUGGCCCCCGCUACCCACCGAAGGUAGUAGAGCCCUGAACCGACAGGGGGUGGGGGCCCGGUCAGACAAGACGUCCACAAACAUUGGUGCGGAACAGUUUCGGCAUGGACGUGGUUAUUUAGCCCCCGAAGUGCUGGAGUUGGACGCGUGGCGGGACAGGCGGUUGUUUGUUUAUGGACCAGCGAGAGUAAAGACGCUUCUGUGUUCUUGAGUGAACCUUGUUUAUUCACAUUUGCUUUGAAUUCAGUGAAUUCCAUAAGACUUGGUUAUACAUUCCUCAAACUGCCUGUGUUUGUUUGUGUGUGUGUGUGUGUGUGUGUAUAUGUUCACACACACAUACACACACACACACCGUGGCAGUUGCGAGAAGCGAAAAGGGAAUAUUUGGGAUGGAGUCGUCAAUAUUCCUGGAGAUUCGUUGUCUCCACACUUGACAACAUGUGGAGAGAGCAAGACUUCUUCUCUGUUUUGGAUUUUUGUUGUUGUUGUUGUCAUUGUGGUUGUUUUUCUAAUUUAAGAGAGCUUUGAUUGGAGCGCAGGUUUGUUCCAAGAUGUCCAUGCACAUGUGCACCAAAUAUUCCUUUCUCUAAAAUUUUAUUUAUUGAGUGUCAUAUUUAUUAUUUCAGAGAGAAAAAAAAAAAGAUUGACACUUUUUAUUUCCACAAAGCCUGAUCAACAGAAUGGAUUUUUAGAGUCAACAAAUCAAUGGAACAGAACAGCUGUCCACGUGCAGUCCCUGCAGGUAGAGGCUCAGUUGCCUGUAUGGGAUCUGUGGUCCAGCACUAACUGAAUUUAAAGGUUUCUUGUAUUUACUCUUAUCAAAUGACAACACAUUAUCCAAAUAUACACCCCAAAGUUUGCAGGUCAAUGUGAGAACUCAUUUAGGUGGAUACAUCUAUUUUGGCAUUGCACCUACAGUAUGGACAUGAUUGGUUUCAUUGUUUUCACGUCAGUUGAAAAGUACUCAAGCUUCACAUCAGUUGAAGAGUGCUUAAAGCUUUUGUGUUGUUUGAGGGUUGUCAAUACAGUGACAACUGUGUCAGGUUUAGAGAUUUAUGUUUGAAAUUUUACAUUUUACUCACUUCUGAACAAUUUAACCAUAAAUGAUUUUACAGGGUAAAUGAGUUGCAUUCCAUUUGUACCAUGGCUUUUCACAUGGUAAUUCAGGCCGACAACAGAAACAUCUCAGAAGUAAUAUUUUGGUCACAGGAAACAGUGUUAUUGUACUCUGAAAUUGGAUGUGAUAAAAUGGAUAAAUUAGCGUUGUGACUUUGCCGCAACCAUUUUUAUUUUUUAUUACACUGUCUGUAUCUGGCGUAACCACAGGAGGUUAAGAGGCCAAUUUUCAAUAGGACUUGAGAAACUCUAAUAGAAGGACAAACACUCUUUGAUGUUAUUCCAAACGAGAUUAUGUUUUUGAUCAUGUGCCUCUGUACAACAUCUGUAGUUAGAAUGAAGACUUCAUAAACACUGCAGUCUAAUCUCAAAAGACAGCUUCACAGCCAUAAACCUUUGUCACAUGGAAAACUUUUGCUUUAAGUUAAUAAAAAAAAAAAACAGGUCAGGAGAAUGAAUCACUACACAUACAUAGCAAAGUAUGACAUUGUCUGUUUCUGCCAUAGUUACCAUAGCUUUCUUUGCUUCAGACCAAAAUAUGUGCUAUGAUGGAUCAUAAGCCUGUAUUCCAGAUCACAGAAUAACAUGCUAUUAUGCUCAUGUGCAGUUAUUUUCAUUAUUGUGGUGCUUUGGUUAAAAAAUGGAAUUUAAAACCACAAAGAUUUGUUGUAAGUCAUAUUUUUCAGUCACAUCUUGUCAGUUUGUACAGCUUAAACGGAACACUUAUUAUGCUCAUAAUCAACAGCUACUUUUAGCCGUCUUAUCUUUUUGAAAUGCCUUUGUUGUGGCGUAUUUGCACACAGGACUUUCAUUCCAAGAGAAUACAGUCUUAAGUCCACUCAUGCAAAUCUGGUGAUCAUAGCUUUUAUACUCAUUCAGAAUCACAUUAUGUUGGUUGUGCACUCACUCAGUCAGUUCUGCAAGGUCCACUACACCGCAUGGACUCUGCUUCUUCAUAAUAUACCAUAAGCUUUUUCCAUUACCAAAUGUAAUUCAUUUGCAGUAUAAAAUCCAUUUGUUGACUUAAAACAUAUCUUUUUAUAAGUUGUUUCUAAAGAUAACUAUGGUGUACAGAUAUUCAUAAUGAUAUCCGGUACUGAUAUCAUAUUAAUAGUAGAGAGCACUAUUCUAGAGAACACAUUUCCAGUACUGCUGAAAACUUAUGUAGGUAUGUGAAUCCAGUGCCUGUGCAAUGAUAGGAAUACUUGAAUGUUUUGGGUUAAAGGUGAUUUUAAGAAAAUAAAAUAAAAACAAAAUGAAAAAAUGGGGGAAGCUAUUCCGGGGUUAGGUACUAGGUUUUGGGGCAGUGGAGGGUUUGCCCAUCUUGGGGGCACUUUUAGCCAAGAACACAUGACCUAAAAUGUUUGUUUUCUGACUUUUCACAACUGUGUUUAUUAUUCAGAAUACGUUCAGCAUCAUGGGCUAUUUUGGCAGGCAUUUGCUUCUCCUAACUUUGUGUUGUUUCUGUGGAUUUGUUUUGUUUUUGCUACAUGGUAAAAGUGCAAUAAAACAAAAUGGGCAAAAAAAAAUAUUUCUCAACUGUCUGCUCUUUUACUGGGCCAUGUUAUUUGGGAAAUUGCCAGUUAAAGCUGUCA